UAAAAUAGUUGGAACAAUCCGGUGUUCUUCACUCGUUCUUCACUCACCGAAGAAAGACAUUCCCUAAGAAAUCAACAUGUUCAAAUUAGCUUGCAUCUGCGCUGUUUUGGCUGUGGCAUCAGCUGGAAUAGUUCCUGCUGCACCAAUUGUUGCUGCAGCACCAGUUGCAGUCGCUCCAGCUCCAUUCGUCACAUCCAGGAGCAGUCAAGUUGUUGCUAGGAAUUACAACACCUUUGCUGCAGCCCCUCUGGCUUACACUGCUCCAGUUGCUGUACCCAGUGCUGUUGCUGCACCACUUGCUUAUUCAGCUCCAGUUGUCUCCAGUCCAUAUGCAUACAGCCCUUAUGCUGCUUACAGUGCUCCAUUGACUUAUCCCGCUGCUGCUCCACUUCUCUUGAAAUGAACAUGACAUCGAGAUUUUUAUCGAGAUUAUUGAAUUGAGUUGUUGUAAUAAAAACUAUUGAUCAACUUUA